GAUCUCUCGAUAAGCCACCUAGAGGCGACUCAGUGCGCGCGCUCCCCAGUGGCUCCCCGCCCUCCCUCUUGAUCAUGUUGACAUAUUCACAGGACAGGCAGUAGUACCGAUGCGGCGCUGCGACGUUACAGUUUCCGACACCUUCUUUUUAUAACUCGGCUCUAUCCCCCAGCACUCGACCUGUGAAAACCACGCCUAUGCAGCAACACAAUUGGUCCGAAAGCGUCAAAGAGCCAAUCAAGAGGCCUCCGGCUCUCCGCAGCCCACAGCAGAGCCCGACCUUCUAGACCGCCGAGCAGACGCCCGGGGAAUUCUAGAGGCGGAGGAGGGUGGCGAGGAGCUCUCUCUGGCUUUCUCUGGCUCCCUCCCUCUCCUCGCGCUCCCUCUCCCACUCUGUCUCUCUCUCUCUCCUCUCUCUCUCUCUCUCUCUCUCUCCCUCUCCCUCUCUCUCUCCCUUCUUUUCAUUCCCCUCCUCCCCCCUAAAUCCUCCCUGCCCUGCGCGUCUGGACGCAGAUUUAGGAAGCGAAUUCGCUCACGUUUUAGGACAAGGAAGAGGCGCGGGAGAAGAGCACACCAAGAUUCGGAUUGAAACCCAGACACCAGGCUCGGAGCGGAGGAAGGAGGAGGAGGGCGAACGGAAGCCCGUUUGCAGUUCAAGUUUUGAUAGCGCUGGUAGAAGAGGGCUUCAAUCAGAGUUGUUUUUUUUUUUUUUUUUUUUAAAGGAGAGAGACUUUUUCUGCUCCCUCGCUCGCAGUUCAAGCCGGUCUAGCGCAACUGCAGACGCCUCCUGCGAGCCAAAGGGAGAGGCAGAGAGAUAGGGGGCGGGGGAAGAAGAAGGAGAAGAAAAGGUAAAAAGUCUCCUAGGAGAACCGUUCGCAUUUGCAACAAAGAACUGGGGGCUGGGGAGGGACUGCCGGGACCGAGGGCUGGCGUGUCUAUUUCGAGCCAAGCGGCAGGGCUCCGGCACGAGUCCAGACCCUGCUCGUUCCUCUCGCCUCGUAAACCGACUUCCAGGAGCGGCUUUUUGAAAACGCAAGACACAAGGACAGUCAUCCGAGCGACUAUGUCUCCUGAUUUCUCGCCUUGCCCUCUUUAAAAGCGGCAUUCCCCUCCCGAAAAGACACUUCCCCCUCCCCUCACUCUGAGGUGCUUUAGUUGUGAUCCCCCCCCCCUUUUUUUUUCCUUUCGCUUUUUUUUUUUCCCUCCAAACUAUGCGCUGCUGUUAAAAAACAAAAACAAAACAAAACAGCAGCUGCGGACUUGUCCCCGGCUGGAGCCCAGCGCCCCGCCUGGAGUGGAUGAGCCUCUCCAUGAGAGAUCCGGUCAUUCCUGGGACAAGCAUGGCCUACCAUCCGUUCCUACCUCACCGGGCGCCGGACUUCGCCAUGAGCGCGGUGCUGGGUCACCAGCCGCCCUUCUUCCCCGCGCUGACUCUGCCGCCCAACGGCGCGGCGGCGCUCUCGCUGCCCGGCGCCCUGGCCAAGCCGAUCAUGGAUCAAUUGGUGGGGGCGGCCGAGACCGGCAUCCCUUUCUCGUCCCUGGGGCCGCAGACACAUCUGAGGCCUCUGAAGACCAUGGAGCCGGAAGAAGAAGUGGAAGAUGACCCCAAGGUGCACCUCGAGGCCAAAGAACUUUGGGAUCAGUUCCACAAGCGGGGCACGGAGAUGGUCAUUACCAAGUCGGGAAGGCGAAUGUUUCCUCCAUUUAAAGUAAGGUGUUCAGGGCUGGAUAAAAAAGCCAAAUAUAUUUUGUUGAUGGACAUUAUCGCUGCAGAUGACUGUCGGUAUAAAUUUCACAAUUCUCGGUGGAUGGUGGCGGGAAAGGCUGACCCUGAAAUGCCAAAGAGAAUGUACAUUCACCCCGACAGCCCUGCUACGGGGGAACAGUGGAUGUCCAAAGUUGUCACUUUCCACAAACUGAAACUCACCAACAACAUUUCGGACAAACACGGAUUUACUAUACUGAACUCCAUGCAUAAAUACCAGCCCCGCUUCCACAUUGUGAGGGCCAAUGACAUCUUAAAACUUCCUUAUAGUACUUUUCGGACGUAUUUGUUCCCCGAAACCGAAUUCAUCGCUGUGACCGCAUACCAGAAUGAUAAGAUAACUCAGUUAAAAAUAGACAACAACCCUUUUGCAAAAGGUUUCCGGGACACUGGAAAUGGCAGGAGAGAAAAAAGAAAGCAGCUCACUCUGCAGUCCAUGAGGGUGUUCGAUGACAGACACAAAAAGGAGAAUGGCACCUCCGACGAGUCCUCGAGUGAGCAGGCUGCCUUCAGCUGCUUCGCCCAAUCCUCCUCUCCGGCCGUCUCCACCGUAGGGACAUCCAACCUCAAAGAUCUGUGUCCCAGCGAGGGUGAGAGCGAUGCCGAGGCCGAGAGCAAAGAGGAGCACGGCCCGGAGGCCUGCGACGCGGCCAAAAUAUCCACCACCACGUCGGAGGAUCCGUGCCGGGACAAGGGCAGCCCGGCGGUCAAGGCGCACCUCUUCGUGGCCGAGCCCGGCGGCCGGCCCCGGGACAGCGGGCGGCUGGACAAGGCGUCGCCUGACUCGCGCCACAGCCCGGCCACCAUCUCGUCCAGCACCCGCGGCCUGGGAGCCGAGGAGCGCCGGAGCCCGGGCCGCGAGGGCGCGGCCACUUCCAAGGCCGAGGAGGCGCGCGCGCUGCCGGGCAAGGAGGCCUUCGCGCCGCUCACCGUGCAGACGGACGCGGCCGCCGCGCACCUGGGCCAGGGCCCCCUGCCCGGCCUCGGCUUCGCCCCCGGCCUGGCCGGCCAGCAGUUCUUCAACGGGCACCCGCUCUUCCUGCACCCCGGCCAGUUCGCCAUGGGGGGUGCCUUCUCCAGCAUGGCCGCUGGCAUGGGGCCCCUGCUGGCCACUGUGUCCGGGGCCUCCACCGGCGUCUCGGGCCUGGAUUCUACGGCCAUGGCCUCGGCUGCCGCGGCGCAGGGACUGUCGGGGGCGUCCGCGGCCACCCUGCCCUUCCACCUCCAGCAGCAUGUCCUGGCCUCUCAGGGCCUGGCCAUGUCGCCUUUCGGAAGCCUGUUCCCUUACCCCUACACGUACAUGGCCGCGGCGGCGGCCGCCUCCUCGGCAGCGGCCUCCAGUUCCGUGCACCGCCACCCGUUCCUGAACCUGAACACCAUGCGCCCGCGUCUGCGCUACAGCCCCUACUCCAUCCCCGUGCCGGUGCCGGACAGCGGCAGCCUGCUCACCACCGCCCUGCCGUCCAUGGCCGCAGCCGCGGGGCCCCUCGACGGCAAGGCCGCCGCCCUGGCCGCCAGCCCGGCCUCGGUGGCCGUGGACUCGGGCUCGGAACUCAACAGCCGCUCCUCCACGCUCUCCUCCAGCUCCGUGUCCUUGUCGCCCAAACUCUGCCCGGAGAAGGAGGCGGCCACCAGCGAACUGCAGAACAUCCAGCGGCUGGUCAGCGGCUUGGAAGCCAAGCCCGACAGGUCCCGCAGCGCAUCCCCGUAAACCCCUCCCCAGAAAAGUCUCUUCAUUCCAGUCCAGUCCAGUCUGCAGUGCACUUUGUUGGAUGUCAAAUAAACCACGGGCGUGCAGCGAGGUCAGCCCUUCUUUGUGCAGCCCUGUCUGGGAAGGGGUGCCGGACUCCCUGGAGAGAAUGUGCUAGAAACAAGCCCUGUCUUCUUGGCGUGGUUUAUACAUCCGGGAUCUGGCUCAGAAACGUCGGUUGCACUGAGCUCUUGGGGGUGGGAGUUAAUGCCUUGGCGGCCGGGCCGGAGCACCUCCUUCGAGGCUGGUCUGGAAGCUGUGGGAAGAUCGAGGUAGCCAGGCCCCAGAAGGGGAGGGGUUGAAAAGCUCCCCCAUUGCAGAUUUAUAUAUAUAUUUUUUCCUUCACCGUGUCAAGUGGAAACACAAAUAAAAUUGAAAAAAAAAUA